UCCGCGAGGAACGUAAAUAGCGGCCGACCGCCCCCUACUCGGAGAUCUGAUCGCCUUCUUUUCUACUGCCCUUCACGCUCUGCUUAGACUUUUUCCUCAAGCGCCUAGAAGCUUGUGUUGCCCACCAUGGAUAUUGUUCUUGAACUUACCGACACGUUCAUUACGGACUAUGUCUACGCCUACUUUUUCCCAAUCCGCCCUGCGCCCUACGACUAUCCCAAGAUGUCGUCAAACUCCACCGCGCAAACUUUGUCGGAUUGGACUUACACUCCUGCGACUAAGUUUUUACACGUUGAGCCGUCAAAAGCCGCGUAUCUGAGCUCAAUGUCCCGAGAUGAUCCUAUCCGUCAGCUUGUGACGCUCUACUUUAUCACCUGGAUCUUCGGUCUCCUCGUGUACUUUGUCUUCGCGACGUUGUCGUACUACUUGAUUUUCGAUCGCCGAACGUUAAACCACCCAAAGUUUAUCAAGAACCAAAUUUGGCUCGAGAUUGUCCAGGCAAACAAGUCUAUGCCUUUUAUGGCCCUUUGCACCGCUCCCCUGUUCCUGAUCGAAGUACGCGGUUACGGCAAACUCUACGAUACAACCGAAGAAGGCCCUGGCCUGUGGUACAACUUCUUACAGUUCCCCCUUUUCUUGGUGUUUACCGACUUCUGGAUCUACUGGAUUCAUCGCUACCUCCACCACCCUCUCGUCUACAAGCACCUGCAUAAGCCUCACCACAAAUGGAUCAUGCCUACACCUUAUGCUAGCCAUGCCUUCCACCCUUUGGACGGAUUUGCGCAGUCGAUCCCAUACCAUGUCUUCCCCUUCAUCUUCCCCUUGCAGAAGGUGGCGUAUGUUGUCUUGUUUGUUUUCGUCAACUUCUGGUCUAUCCUUAUCCACGACGGAGAAUACCUUACCAACAACCCCAUUGUCAACGGAGCUGCUUGUCAUUCGCUGCACCACUCUCGCUUCGAAGUCAACUACGGUCAAUUCUUCACUGCCUUCGACCGCUUGGGUGGCACCUACCGCCAACCUGAGGCUUGGAUGUUUGAGAAGGAGAAGAAGAUGUCGCAGGCUAAGUGGAAGACGGAGUCAGCUCAGGUUGACAACUUGGUAAAGGAAGUCGAAGGAAGUGACGAGAGAACGUACGGAGACGAGAAGACAAUGAAGAAGAACAACUAAGGCGAAAUCUCUAAUUCUUGGAGAGCAAUUGCUCUUAGCUGUUCUUAGCACUGCAUUUCAAAGUUCUCAAAAUUUGUCAGCUCAGUCGCGCAACUGCCUGAGCUCUGUGAUGGAACUCGACGGCAUAGACAGGUCCUGCUUUUGUACAUAUUGAUAGUAUUAUUUUUUGUAAUGAACCGCCAUUACUGAUGAUUGGCGACACAGGCGUUGGUACAAAGAGCAAUGCAUUUACUAAAUGGAAGAUUGAAUUAAAUAACAUCAACUGGUUAUCACCAGUGCUACUCUUCAUAAUACAAAAGAAUUACGCGGCGCGUGCGCUACAAAAAGGAAAUCCCAACACCGUGACCGAAUUAUGCUACUGAAUAUACCCGACGAACUAAGCUGACAAGUAGAAAAAGCGAUGAAGAUGUGCUGAAUAUGCAUCCGUGAAAAAUGAAAAUGAACGUGCGUGGCGAGCGCCCAUGGCUGCCACAUCAAAACGGAAGUGGUUGUUGUUACUGCAUCGACAAGGACCGAGACUAGAAGCUAUGAAAAGCUGACGAAUUUCGGGUCUCUUGGGCGACCGUCGGGUCCAAUAUUGUUGGCCUUGAAUCUGCUCUCCAUGAAGACCUUGCGAGCCUGGUCGAAUGUCAUGCGGCGCUUCUUCAUGAUCUUUAGCACCUCUCGCUUGCUGGCAUCGUCGAGACCUGCUCGACUGUCACCGCCUUCAACGUUUCCUGAAAGAUCGAAUGUGCUGCUGGAGAGUCCUGCUUCGAUGUCGUCCGCGAAGCUGGUUGGGAGGCGAGAAUAAAGAUAGUUGGCGCCUGGAAGCUGAAGCUCCUGGAUGAUGUGAAGCCAGCGGGAUCGCGUCAGGUAUAAGCCGACGGCCGAUACUGCAAGAAACAGAACGAGCGCGAAGAAGAAAUACAUUUUGUGAACUUGUCGAUGAAGCGACGGUGUUGGUGUCGAUGUAUCGUGUGAAUGGAGGCGAGUUGUCUGAAUGUUCGUCGGUCGCAACUCAGCUAUGCGAGAGGGUUGAGCGCAGUCGAGCUGCUAACCGAGCUCGUCCACUAAGGAUCUGCAGUUGAUGUACGGAGCAGAAUCUAACUGCUCAGCUAGCAGAACGCAUGAAAGAUGCGCUGUCUUGUGGAUUGUGAAGGAGAACAAAGGAUAAAUGGGCGACGUUGGAUAGCGUGACGAAGCAUGGUCC